UUCUGGUGAGACUUGGAGCUCCUUGCCUCGGUAGACAUGAGUGACCCGAGGCAGUCCCAGGAAGAGAAGUACAAGCUUGGCCGGGCCUCUUCAAAGUUCAAGGAUCCUCCCAGGAUCAUGCAGUCGGAUGAUUAUUUUGCUCGCAAAUUUAAAGCCAUUAAUGGCAACAUGGGACCUGCUACUUCUUUAAAUGCCUCUAAUUCCAAUGAGGGUGGGGGUGGGGGUCCAGCUAACAGUACCCCAGCCAUGCCCAAAAUGGGUGUGAGGGCUCGGGUAUCCGAGUGGCCUCCUAAAAAGGACUGUGCCAAGGAGCUGCCCUGCAAGACGCUGUGGGAGAGCCGGCCUCAGCCCGGGUACGAGAGUGUCGUCUCGGCCAUGCAGAACGGACAGCAGCCCCAGGACGAGGGCCAGCAGGACGAGCCACUGGAUCUGGACUUCGUGGAGGCCAAGUAUGCAGUUGGAGGCUUCUUCCCUCAUUCCCCUCAGAGGGGGCUGCACCCCAUCAGACAGAGGAGCAACAGCGAUGUCACCAUCAGUGACAUCGAUGCCGAAGAUGUCCUGGACCAAAAUGCAGUGAACCCCAACACCGGGGCCGCCCUGCACAGGGAGUACGGCAGCACGUCGUCCAUCGACCGGCAGGGCCUGUCUGCAGAGAACUUCUGUGCUGUGCUCCGAGGGUACCGCAUGGAGAACUAUGAUCCCAAAGCAGUGGUCCCUUUCGGGUUCCCCGAGUGCUUCCCCUGUGACCCCGUGAUCUCCCCCAGCCUGCACGCAGCAGCCCAGAUCUCCAGGGGGGAGUUUGUCCGCAUCUCAGGAUUAGACUACGUGGACGGUGCCCUCCUGAUGGGGAGAGACAGGGACAAGGCUUUCAAACGGAGGUUCAAGGCAGAGUCGGUGGAAACCUCCCUCUUCCGAAAGCUACGGACGGUGAAAAGUGAGCAUGAGACGUUCAAGUUCGUGUCCGACCUGGAUGAGAGCCGUCCGGAGAGGGGACGCCCUUGGAAUUGUCAGCGGUGUUUUGCACAUUACGAUGUCCAGAGCAUUCUGUUCAAUAUCAACGAAGCCAUGGCCACGAGGGCUCGUGUGGGGAAAAGGAAAAACAUCACCACUGGGGCUUCUGCAGCCUCCCAGACCCAGGCACCCGCGGGCCAGGCGGCCACCUGCGAGUCCCCCUUGGGAAGCAAGGAGGACCUCAACUCCAAGGAGAGCCUGGAUGUGGACGAGGGGGACGGGAAGAGCAAUGACCUCGUCCUCAGCUGUCCUUACUUCAGGAACGAGACCGGCGGCGAAGGUGACAGGCGGAUCGCGCUGUCUCGGGCCAGCUCGUCCUCCUUUGGAUCCGGGGAGAGCUGCUCCUUUGAGUCCUCCCUGAGCUCUCACUGCACAAACGCGGGCGUCUCGGUCUUGGAGGUGCCCAGAGAAAACCAGCCGGUUCAUAGGGAGAAAGUGAAGCGUUACAUCAUAGAGCACAUUGACCUUGGGGCCUACUAUUACCGUAAAUUCUUCUACGGGAAAGAGCACCAGAACUAUUUUGGAAUAGAUGAAAACCUCGGCCCGGUGGCGGUCAGCAUCCGGAGAGAGAAGGUGGAAGACCCCAAAGAGAAGGAAGGGUCCCAGUUCAACUACAGGGUGGCGUUCAGGACGAGCGAGCUUACGACACUGAGAGGAGCGAUUUUGGAAGACGCGAUCCCCUCCACCGCCAGGCACGGCACUGCACGGGGUCUGCCACUCAAGGAGGUGCUGGAAUACGUCAUUCCCGAGCUCGGCAUCCAGUGUCUGCGCCAGGCCGCCAGCUCGCCCAAGGUCUCGGAGCAGCUGCUCAAGCUGGAUGAGCAAGGGCUGAGCUUUCAGCACAAGAUUGGGAUCCUCUAUUGCAAAGCAGGCCAGAGCACAGAGGAAGAGAUGUACAAUAACGAGACAGCGGGACCAGCUUUCGAAGAAUUCCUUGAUCUUCUGGGCCAGAGAGUACGGCUGAAAGGAUUCAGUAAAUACCGCGCCCAGCUAGACAAUAAAACGGAUUCCACGGGAACUCACUCCCUCUACACCACGUACAAAGACUACGAACUCAUGUUCCACGUGUCCACGUUGCUUCCCUACAUGCCAAGCAACAGGCAGCAGCUUCUGAGGAAAAGGCACAUAGGGAAUGACAUCGUCACCAUCGUCUUCCAGGAGCCUGGAGCACUUCCUUUUACUCCAAAAAGCAUCCGGUCUCACUUCCAGCACGUCUUUGUCAUAGUCAGAGUGCAUAAUCCAUGUACCGAAAAUGUGUGUUACAGCGUUGGGGUUUCCAGAUCAAAAGAUGUGCCACCUUUUGGCCCACCCAUUCCCAAAGGCGUGACUUUUCCAAAGUCAGCAGUGUUCCGGGACUUCCUCUUAGCCAAAGUAAUCAAUGCAGAAAAUGCUGCCCAUAAGUCGGAAAAAUUUCGAGCGAUGGCCACUCGGACAAGGCAGGAGUACUUGAAAGAUCUGGCAGAGAACUUUGUCACAACCGCCACCGUGGACACCUCCGUGAAAUUCAGCUUCAUUACGCUGGGUGCAAAGAAGAAGGAGAGAGUGAAACCGAGGAAGGACGCUCACUUGUUCAGUGUGGGGGCCAUCAUGUGGCACGUGGUAGCCCGUGACUUCAGCCAGUCUGCUGACAUCGAGUGUCUUCUCGGGAUCUCCAAUGAAUUCAUCAUGUUGAUCGAAAAGGACUCCAAGAAUGUCGUGUUCAACUGUUCCUGCAGGGACGUUAUUGGGUGGACAUCCGGAUUAGUGAGCAUCAAAGUGUUUUACGAAAGAGGAGAGUGUAUCCUGCUGUCCUCUGUGGAUAACUGUGCUGAGGACAUACGGGAGAUCGUCCAGCGAUUAGUGAUAGUGACGCGAGGCUGUGAGACGGUGGAAAUGACCUUGCGGAGGAAUGGGCUGGGCCAGCUCGGCUUCCAUGUGAAUUUUGAAGGAAUCGUGGCAGAUGUAGAGCCCUUCGGCUUUGCCUGGAAGGCGGGUCUUCGCCAAGGGAGCCGCCUUGUGGAGAUCUGCAAAGUGGCCGUGGCCACACUGACGCACGAGCAGAUGAUCGACCUGCUGCGGACUUCGGUGACGGUGACGGUGGUCAUCAUCGAGCCCCACGAGGACGGCUCGCCCCGGAGAGGGUGUUCGGAGCUCUGCCGGAUCCCCAUGGUGGAGUACAAGCUGGACAGCCAGGGCACCCCCUGCGAGUACAAGACGCCCUUCCGAAGGAACACCACGUGGCACAGGGUGCCCACGCCAGCCCUGCAGCCCCUGUCCAGAGCCUCCCCCGCGCCCAGCACACCCGACCGGCUGCAGUGCCAGCAGCUUCUGCAGCAGGCCCAGGCCGCCAUCCCGCGCAGCACCUCCUUCGACAGGAAGCUGCCCGAUGGCACCAGGAGCUCACCCAGCAAUCAGUCGUCCUCCAGUGACCCGGGACCCGGCGGGAGUGGACCGUGGAGACCGCAAGUGGCCUAUGAUGGGUGCCAGUCUCCUCUGCUGCUGGAGCACCAGGGCUCAGGCCCUGUGGAGUGUGAUGGAGCCCACGAGCGGGAGGACACAGUGGAAGGAAGCCAACACCCGGAAACCAAAUGGCAUGGCCCACCUUCCAAAGUCCUGAGUUCCUAUAAAGAAAGAGCCCUGCAGAAAGAUGGAAGUUGCAAAGAUUCCCCCAAUAAGCUGUCGCAUAUUGGGGAGAAGAGCUGCUCCAGUCACUCCAGCAGCAACACGCUCUCCAGCAACACCUCCAGCAACAGCGACGACAAGCACUUCGGCUCGGGGGACCUCAUGGAGUCCGACCUGCUGGGGCUGACCUACGUCAAAGGGGCCUCCACCGACAGCGGCAUCGACACGGCCCCCUGCAUGCCCACCACCAUCCUGGGCCCCGUGCACCUGGCGGACAGCAGGUCCCUGACACACAGCCGGGCCGAGCCGUGGGCUGACACCACCGACGUGGGGCCCGAUGACGAGCCAGCCAAGAUGUACACCGUGCAUGGCUACGCGGCCACCGUCUGCACUGGCAGUGCCACCGAGGGCAGCCUGGGCGACCUCAGUGAGAUCUCGUCUCACUCCAGUGGGUCUCACCAUUCAGGAAGCCCUUCGGCACACUGCUCCAAAAACACUGGAUCUCUGGACACAUCCAAAGUCUACAUCGUGUCUCACAGUAGCUGUCAGCAGGUUCCUGGGUCCACAUCUAAGCCCUACCACAGACAAGGGACAGCGAACAAAUACAUCAUUGGCUGGAAGAAAUCAGAAGGCAGCCCCCCGCCCGAGGAGCCCGAAGUGACCGAGUGCCCCGGGAUGUACAGUGACAUGGACCUCGUGUCCGCAGCCACCCAGCACCAGGCAGGGGUGGGAGACGCUGCCGCAGACCCUCAACACGUUCUGUCCAAGGAAGAUUUUCUGAAACUGAUGCUUCCUGACAGCCCCUUAGUGGAGGAGGGGAGAAGAAAGUUCUCAUUGUAUGGGCACCUGUCCCCGAGGAGGUCACUGUACCGCACCCUCUCUGACGAGAGCGUCUGCAGCCAUCGCAGGGGGUCCUCCUUUGGCAGUUCCAGGAGUUCCAUCCUUGAGCAGGCCCUGCCCAAUGACAUCCUGUUCAGCACCACCCCGCCCUACCACAGCACGCUGCCUCCGCGGACCCACCCGGCACCCAGCAUGGGGAGCCUCAGAAAUGAGUUCUGGUUCUCCGAUGGGUCCUUAUCGGAUAAGUCUAAGUGUGCAGAUCCUGGCCUGAUGCCCCUCCCAGACACGGCCACAGGCUUGGAUUGGUCCCACCUCGUGGACGCUGCUCGGGCAUUUGAAGACCAGAGGGUGGCGUCCUUCUGCACCCUGACGGACAUGCAGCACGGGCCGGACUUGGAGGGGGCCCAGGAGCUGCCCUUGUGUGUAGAUCCAGGCCUGGACAUAGCUGGGGAGCGUUCUCCAUCCACUCUGACCGGCAAAGUCAACCAGCUGGAACUGAUUCUUCGACAGCUCCAGACCGACCUUCGGAAGGAGAAGCAGGACAAAGCGGUUCUCCAGGCCGAAGUGCAGCACCUGCGACAGGACAACCUGAGGCUGCAGGAGGAAUCCCAGACGGCGGCCGCGCAGCUGCGGAAAUUCACUGAAUGGUUUUUCAACACCAUUGACAAAAAACCGUAGCCAGUC